GAGAGUUGAGUAUGUACACAAAAGCACGCACACAUGCAGACACGCGCAGCGAGCAGCGAGGGCGUUCUGCGAAAUCGGAGUGAGGGGGCGGCGGUUUGUGUGUGCGUCUGGCUUUUUUUUUUUUUUUUUUUUCUUCCCUCGCACUCUGACAAUUCGUCUCCGCAGACACGCUACAAAGUUCGACGUGAGCGUCGGACAUUUGAUUGCUUGGCAACAGACAAAAAAAAACGCAAGAAAACCAUGGAGGAUUACGACUACGAGGACCUGGGCCGCAACGACAGCUACGACUACAGCUACGACCACUCGGUGUGCGACAAGCAGGCGGUGCGCUCCUUCGGCGGAAUCUUCCUCCCGAUCAUCUACUCGCUGGCGCUGGUGGUGGGCCUGGCGGGGAACGCCCUGGUGGUGGCGGUGUACGCGUCCCGCGCGCGCCUGCGCACCUUGACCGACGUGUGCAUCCUCAACCUGGCCGUGUCGGACCUGCUGCUGCUCGUCACCCUCCCCUUCUGGGCGGCGGACGCGGUGCACGGGUGGAGGUUGGGCUCGGCCGCCUGCAAGCUGACUUCCUUCCUGUACAGCGCCAACUUCAGCUGCGGCAUGCUGCUUCUGACGUGCAUCAGCGUGGACCGCUACCGGGCGGUGGCCCACAGCGCGGCCGGCAGGUCCGGCCGCGGCCCCCGGCCGCGGCGCCGGUGGAUGCUGGUGUGCUUGGCGCUGUGGGCGGUGGCCAUCUUUCUGGGUCUCCCGGAGCUCGUCUUCUCGGCGGUGAAGCAUUCGCAUUACCGGAUGUACUGCACGGCUAUCUACCCGCCCAGCAUGGGCCGCCCGGCCAAAGCCACCCUGGAACUUCUGGAGGUGACCCUCAGGUUCGUGCUGCCUUUCCUGGUGAUGGUGGUGUGCUACUCCUGCGUGGGCCGGGCCCUGGGCCAAGCGCCGGGGGUGCGCAGGGACAAAAAGUGGCGGGCCCUGCGCGUUCUGUUAGCGGUGGUGGCCGUCUUCUUGCUGACGCAGCUUCCUUACAACGUGGUGAAGCUCUGCAGGGCGCUGGACAUCAUCUACAUGCUCGUGACCGACUGUGAGAUGAGCAAAGUCCUGGACCGCGCCGUGCAGGUGACGGAGAGCCUGGCGCUGACCCACGCCUGCAUCAACCCGCUCCUCUACGCCUUCAUCGGCUCUUCCUUCAGGGGACACGUCCUCAAAACCGCUAAACAUCUUGGACAGCAGAUCGGCGGCCACCCCAGACAAGACGACGGCGAGACGGCGGUGGAGAUCGCGCUCAACACGCGCAACCAAAACCAAUCGCAGUCUGGUUCCGAAGAACCGGACACCAGCACCUUUAGCAUGUAACGCCUCAACUGCAACUACGGUACUCCUAAACCUGCAAAAGUUUAGCUUUCCGAGUCCUUAGCUAGGAUGAAAACUAUUUCGGUCCAAGCUAGCUGGAGGAGCGUGUUCCGGAACAAGACCUAAAGAGCUAGAGACCUCGAGCUAAAGAGGUGAAAUACAGUAAAUGCUCGCUAUUUGGUAAAUAGUGAAAAACUGUAAGAAACUGCCCCCCCACCCCGAAAAAGCAUAAUCAUACGACAGACUACAAUCCUAACCGUUUAACAUUUCAAACUAAUCUUAUGUCAGAAGUAAGACGCACGCACAUGCAACUUCCACUAACAACGUAGCACCUCCCCACUCAGUCGAGCUGUAUCGCUCCAUCGGUACUUCCUUGACGCCAAUUAGCUACUAUCCUAUUAGCCAGGGGUUAGGCACCAUUUGUAGGGUGACUGGAUAUGACCAAGACACCACAGCUCGCACACACAACAAUAUUUGUUGUAGUGCCAAGACUGGCGGGAGAAUAAAUAGAAGACGCUAGAAAAACUCUAGAGAUUAUCCGGUCCGUUGCUACUACACACACAAGCAGAACUAAUCAAACGGGUCUAACAUUUACACUUGUCGCCACUGGCCGACCGUCUUUGGGGCAAAGCGGCGAGAGACAAAAAAAAAAAAAAAAUGUAAACCCACCCACAAGGAUAAGAAUCGCUCGGCAGAAUCUUUGAGACAUCAAGACAAUCGGACCUUUGCUGACGUCAUCCGCACAGACGGACUUCCAAAAGCCACGACCGCUAGGGGGCAGCGCGUUUUCCGUGUCCCACGCGCCGGUACGUUGAACGGCUUUUGAUAAAGAUCGAUAUUAGCCACUCGCUUUUCAUUCUUAAAAGGUGUUCAGUGCGGCCAUCAUGUUGAAAAUUCGGAUGAGGAUUCUUCUACAUUGCGUAUGAGGCACAUGCUAACCAGUUGUACUUUGUUUGUACAUUGAAUUAAAAUGACUGAUAUUUUCAUUUUCACUGACUUGUACCAUAAUGCUGCUAUAUAUAUAUAUAUUUUUUUGGGUCUCCUAAAGCCAUUUUGGCGAUGUAGAAGAAACCUUGUUUUUUUUUUUUUUCUUUUUAAAACAAAUUGAAUUGUUUUCAGUGUUCUUUGGAUUAGCUUGAAAUGCUAAUGCUACAAGUAACAGAAUAUCUCUGAAAAUAUAAUUUUAGCCACUAUUAGGCACUAAUUAAACCCUUGUAACAAUUUCAUGAAUGGCUUUCCAUUUGACAUUUUUUCCCCCUCUCACCAGACAGUUAUUGUUUCCUCAAAAUUUCACAGAUUUUCACGUGCUCUGCCUUGCUAUCAAACUGAUAACGGAGUCGUUAUUCGUGUUGCCUAACGGCCUGGCUGUAAGAGUAAUAAAAUAUUAUUGCAGAUAUGUUUAUUCCAUUGUAGUUAGACUCAUUUAAAGUGAAAAAAACGUUUUUAUGGGGGAUGA